AUGUCUGAAUGUAUCAUUGCUGAAAAUCUGUCAUCGAACAAAUCUCACAAUACAUCUUCAAUAACACCCUCUGCAGUCACCUCUAUCGACUCCCAAGAAUCCCUCUCAGACUCUCAUAAAACAUCUAUCUCAUCACCAAGCUCGUCUACUUCUCUUUCCUCUCAAGGCUCAUCUCCUUCAACAUCUCGAUCAUCAUCAUGUUCUUGUCGAAGUCCCUCAAAACACCACCAUCAUCACCACCAUCAUCACCACCAUAAUCACAAUCAAGACCACAAUAAAGCAAAAUCAAGCAAUAGCAACCCUAGUAGUAAUAGCAAUAACCAAUAUCAACUCCACCACAACACCCACAAUAAAGAAAUCCAACUUCUCCAACAUCAACUCCGCCAACAACAAGCCCUUACAGCAGCAGCUCGCUCCCAAGUCGAUUCACUGACACGCACAGCUGUCCGCAUCCACCGUGGACUGAUUCGUCAAAUGGACGUCCAACACGGUACAUAUCCAACCCGCAUCGCCGUCCACAAGGGCCCCAUGACAUCUCUCAAAUUUGCUCAAAUGCUUUAUGCCCAAGUCCCCGUCAGACUCACGGCUAAAGACGUGUUCCCGGACUCUUUGCAGGCCCUUAACCUUUGGACCAAUCCCGAGUACAUGCAUAAAGCCCUCAAGGGAACAAAACUCACCGUUGCACAAACCCCCAGCGGCCUCGCAGAUGCUCCAGGGCUACGAAACACAGCUUUUAUGCAACCUCAUGUCGCAGAAAUGGAUGCAACUGACUUUCUUAAACAUCUCCGCAACCCAGACCCUCCAACAACAACAACAACACAUGAUGGAGCACAACCCACUAGUGUGACUGAAUCAGGAACCAACAAUCAAGCGGCUAUCGGUACGGAUGCAGCAGACAAUGUUGUGCUUUACAUGCAGUCCCAAAAUGAUAAUUACCCUCGCGAGUUCCCCUCUCUAAUCAACGACGCGCCGCACAGUAUUCCUUGGGCAAAUGAAGCCCUAGACGUUCUAGGACCUGCCGCAGUCAACCUGUGGCUCGGAGACUACCGUACCACAUCGCGUCUUCAUAACGAUAAUUACGAAAACCUUUACAUCCAAGUCUCGGGCUCCAAAGAGCUUUACCUGAUACCCCCAGGAGACGCAUAUGCUCUCGACGAGCGGUUCCUCAAGCCCUUGUCAUAUGGCGAAGAUAUGUCACUUGAGGAAAAUAAUGAAUCAGAUUCCUUGAUGCAAAUUUAUACAGGUCAAGAAGCCGCGGGCAGCGAGACUCCUAAAAAUUGUGUGGAUGACCAUGGUGAUAGUAGCAUGAACACGCCACCACGAGCAUUGCCAGAUGAAGCCUUGACCCCAUCCUCCACGGCUACUGCAUCAACAGUAACAAAUAGUGGUAACCCAAAUAAUGGCAACACAAACAACACAAAUGGGUGCGGUAAAAGCGCGUUCAAAACGCCUCAUAUUUUAUUCCCCACAGUAGACCCAUCCAACCCACUCACAUUUAAUGACAUUUACUCUCAAAAUGCGUUUGUGUAUCGGGUAGUACUUAACCCGGGCGAUAUGCUAUAUAUUCCUGCGCUGUGGUACCACCAAGUGCGCGUUCUUGACGGCGCACCCAACGUCUCAUUAAACUACUGGUAUACACCCACACCUACCAAUGGACAAUGGAUGCGCUGGGACUAUGUACGAUAUUGUUCUGCAGUGCUGCGCAGGUACCAUGACCCAUUUUACUUUGAUGAGGAAGACGAGGAUGAACCUGACGAGCCUGAAGACAUGGAGCUGGCCGAUGAAUAUGACAUAGAAGAUGACACUGAUGUUGGCGGAGAGCACAGCAGCCUCACAGAAGAAGAGGCACUGCUAAGCGCCAAACGCGACAAGGUCCAAAAACUCAUGCGCGCUCUGCGGCUCCAGCAGCAGCAGUACCAAGAUCGCUUGCAAAAACAACAAAAGUUGCAGCGUAAACAACGCCAGCACUUGAUUCGCCAACAACAACGCCAACAUGCGCGAGCCAAAUAA